GCACUUCCAGACUGGUGCAACUUCUAAUAGGAUCACACAGCGGUGUGCAGCCUUUUUGGUCCACCCACCCGACCAAACAGCAGCCAGCUGCUGUGGAAAUAAAUUAAACGAGAUUAGAACUACCCUCCCGCCAAACGGGUGACCCGGUUUAUAGUCAGACAGGUGGUGGGUUGCAAUAGUGAAUAAAACGGUCAGCUGGUGCAGGUGAACUUUCGUUUUUCCGCAAAAUGAAAUCCGUUUUCAUCUCCACGAUUAUCGUCCUAGCCGUCGGAUCAACCUUGUCUCCGGCUGGACUGGUGCGGGCAGCCUCAAUUGUCGUGCUGGUGGCGAACGGAAGCGAUAUCACAAUCAAUUUGCCCGGGGAGCACAGUCACAACCGGUUGCUGAACGUGGUGAGCGAUUCCGGAAACAAUAAUCCAUCGGUGUUCGACUGGAUCGGAGGCAAUGGGGCGAACAAAGCACCGAGGCUCUCCAUUGGGGGUGGCAAUCAGGGCAGUAAUGGUGCUGGCGGUGGAAGUGGAGUCGGUGCAGCGGUGAUUGAUGCACUCUGGCGGAUGGAAAGUUCUACGGUGCCUGGAGGUGGACAAAGCAAUGACAAUGUUGAUAGUGCGGAGAGUGAGGAAUCCAUAAAAGCUACUGAAAUAGAGAGGGUGGGAACCGUGGAAAUAGCACCGACAAGAAGCUUGUUGGCGUCGAGUGGGGCUACCGAGACAACGUUGAAUACUUAUCAUGGGAAGUUCGUCACGGAGGCAAUGACCCACCAUAAUUGAGACAUUAUAAUGAGAAAACAGACUAUCGAAGGCCGUUGAAUGUUUUCCCAGGAAAUUAUAUUUAUCUUGUAGACCAUUGGACCAGCAGUGGUGCGGCGUGGACAUCAUCUCAACGAUGUUCUGAUUUUUUUUGUUCAUUUGCCUAGAGUGGAAGCAUCGUGAUUCGAUUAUUGCAAAAAAUGAGAAUAAAUAAAAAUAGAAACAAUGUUUUUCUUCAA